CAAUUGAUCAAUGAGCACUAUCAAAUUGAACUCGGGCUACGAAAUGCCCCAAGUGGGCUUUGGCUGCUGGAAGGUGACAAACGACACUUGCGCGGAUACUAUCUACAAUGCCAUCAAAGUGGGGUACAGAUUGUUCGAUGGUGCCCAAGACUACGGAAAUGAAAAAGAAGUUGGCCAGGGACUCAACAGAGCGAUCGAUGAAGGAUUGGUGGCACGUGAUGAGUUAUUUGUGGUAUCCAAGCUUUGGAACAAUUUCCAUCACCCAGACAAUGUUGAAAAGGCCCUAGACAAGACAUUGGGUGACUUGAACGUCGAAUACUUGGACUUAUUUCUCAUCCACUUUCCCAUUGCUUUCAAAUUUGUUCCCUUUGAGGAAAAGUACCCACCUGGGUUCUACUGCGGUGACGGCGACAAAUUCCAUUACGAGGACGUGCCUUUGCUCGACACGUGGCGGGCUUUGGAGAAAAUGGUCAAGAAAGGUAAAAUCAGAUCCAUUGGUAUUUCGAACUUUUCUGGAGCUUUGAUCCAAGACUUGCUUAGGGGCGCUGAAAUUGCUCCCGCUGUUCUACAAAUUGAACACCACCCAUACUUGCAACAGCCCCGGUUGGUUGAGUAUGUGAAAUCAAAGGGCAUUGCUAUUACUGCCUACUCGUCUUUUGGCCCACAGUCUUUUAUCGAGUUAGAUCACCCUAAAGUAAAGGAAUGCGUCACUUUGUUUGACCAUGACACAAUUUUGUCCGUUGCCAGAGCACACAAUAAGUCUGCCGGCCAAGUUUUGUUGAGAUGGGCCACUCAAAGAGGUCUUGCAGUUAUUCCCAAAUCUAACAAGACAGAACGCUUGGUGCAAAACUUGGAGGUAAACGACUUUGACCUUUCUGACGCUGAGUUGAAGUCCAUCUCCAAGCUAGAUGUGGGGUUGCGUUUCAACAACCCUUGGGACUGGGACAAGAUUCCUAUCUUCCACUGAUCAUGACUUCUAAAUCUAAUUUUUUGGCGCUAAACUUUUUAAAUUCUGUUCUAGAUACUCAAUGAAAAGAUUCACCAUCGAUACUGUAGAAAAACUAGGCGAUUUCGUUUGAAGCUUAACUCCCAAGAAUAAAGUUCGGCGAAAAUGCUCGAUUUCACACGACUGUUCAGAUCGAGUCUAAUACGGCCUUCCUGCCAAG